GUGUCUUCUCUCACAGGGGCGGUCUCAGUAACAUGCUGUUCCAGUGCUCCUUGCCAGACUCCAUAGCCAGUGUUGGUGAUGAACCUCGGAAAGUGCUCUUGCGAUUGUAUGGGGCAAUUUUAAAGAUGGCUUGUCCAUGCGAUCGUGCCUGGAGCACUCUGGUUUCCAGGUGACAGACACGAUUCACGAGGUCCUGUAAUAAAGAGGGAUCCGAACAAGCUCAGAAUGAAAAUGAAUUUCAAUUUCCACUGUAGGAGGCGCCGAGGAGACUGCUCCCAGCCCACAGGGGAGAGGACUACAGCAGAGGACACCUUGAGGGCCUUCGCUUGAGCUCCCCUGAGAGUCUCUGCAGUAUCGGGCUUCAGGUCAGACAGGGCUGCAGUGACUAUGCCUCCUAAGCCAAUGUGUUAAGAGGGUCAGAUGAGCAAUGAAAACAUUUCAUCUGCUAAACAGAGGGGGCCGAGGCGAUGGUUCUGGAGAGUGUUAUGUUUGCCAUUCUUGCAGAGAGGUCACUUGGGCCAAAACUCUAUGGCAUCUUUCCCCAAGGCCGACUGGAGCAGUUUAUCCCGAGCCGGCGAUUGGACACUGAAGAAUUAUGUUUACCAGAUAUUUCUGCAGAAAUAGCUGAGAAAAUGGCCACAUUUCAUGGAAUGAAAAUGCCAUUCAAUAAGGAGCCAAAAUGGCUUUUUGGAACAAUGGAAAAAUACCUGAAUCAAGUGCUAAGACUUAAAUUCAGCGGGGAGGCCAGAGUUCAGCAACUGCACAAGAUCCUUGCUUACAACCUGCCUCUGGAGCUUGAGAAUCUGAGGUCAUUGCUGCAGUAUACUAGAUCUCCAGUUGUAUUUUGUCAUAACGACUGUCAAGAAGGUAAUAUUUUAUUGUUGGAUGGCCAAGAGAAUUCUGAAAAGCAGAAGCUGAUGCUCAUUGACUUUGAAUACAGCAGUUACAAUUACAGGGGAUUUGACAUUGGAAAUCAUUUCUGUGAAUGGAUGUAUGAUUAUACCUAUGAAAAGUAUCCUUUCUUCAGAGCAAACAUUCAGAAGUAUCCUACCCGAAAACAACAG